UUCAGCCACAGGUUCUCAUCUUCCAGACCACUGUUGUCAGUACUGGAUGUUAUUUUCAAUCACAGAAUGUAAUGGAAAUUAAUUUGUUGUAGAUAGAUUUUUUUUGAAAAUGUCAACAGCUGCGUCAUUUGAACCGGAAGUGGUUCCUGGAGGUCGCUAUGGGAAGUAAAGUGAGCAGUGGCAAGAUGGCGGCUGCCAGUCGGGUCGUACAGGUUGUGCGACCUCAUACACCACUGAUCAAAUUUCCAAAUCGGGAGGGUAUGCCCAAGGCAAACGUACAAGAAGCACUAAAGCUAUUUCUAGCCAACACACCCACACCCGCGGCAGUGCACUCGGCUCCAUCACCUCCAAAACCUGCAGGACUCGUCAGUCGACUCCCGGGCACACCAGACAGCAUCGCUAUCGUUAAAGAGCUUCCACAGAGAUACCGGCGACGGGCCCUCGCGCUCGAGGAGAUGGACUACAUUCAGCGCGGCGGUCCUGAGUGACGGGUCAUCGUUAAAUCUUGCCAGCACUGAUCGCUGUGGAGAAGUUUUUUAUUGUUGGCUCGUCUUCUCCUCGUCCUGAGGAUUUCACCUUGCAGGAAUAAAUGGUUGUUGUUUUAAAUGUACAUAGGGGGAGUUUGAAAUGUAGUUAUUCAAUACUGGUCAAGUCAUUUUUCUCAUUAAUUCAGCUGUAGUGUGAGGUUUGCAGCGUGGACUUUUUGACCGCAAGUCAGUACUUUCUAUGUUCUCUGUAUUAAGAGAACAUUACAAUAUUAUUAUUAGUAGUAGUAGUAUUGCAGGUGGAUCAUUUCUCUGCUUCAUGUAUAAGCCAGGCUGCUCAGUUCACACUGCAGUCAUUCACUUUCUUACUCAUUUACACCUUGUGUUAGUUUGGCACAAGAAGGAAUACUGCACUGUGUAAAUCAGAUUUGUUAAAUUUAUAUUAAUUUAAAUUAAUUUACUUCACAGUCUAAAGAAAAAAAAUCCACCCUGAAUGUACAUAUUGAUAUGGAAGUCAAUCAAUAUACAAUCUUUGACUGUGUGAAAGAUUGAUUGAUUUCUUGUGGUUUUUUUUUUUUUGGUUUGGUUUUUUCCCCCUCCUCUUUACGGAAAUGUUGCUCUCUUGUCACUUUGGUUAAAGGUCCCAUGGCAUGGUGGUUUGUUGAUGCUUUAAACGGGCUCGUGGAGGUUUCCGGAUGUUAUAUCCGCAGCCUUUCUCGAAAUGAACCCUCGGCACGUAGAUAUAGCCUCCUGGGAGAAAGCCCCAUUUCAGCGCUUUUCCCAGUGCGUCGUUUUGCUAAUGAGAAGCAGGAGGCGGGGAAGGGUAGAGGGUGGGGGCGGGUCUUAUCAUUAAUAUUCAUGACAUGUAAACGUGUUACCUCUGAUUGGCUAACAGCACUGUGCCGCUACCUCCAGUGGGUCAGAACAAGUGGAUGUGGGUGUCUUACUAUGGCGAGAGAGAAGGAACAAACCGCGAAGGGAAAAAUACCGCGCGCUGACGUCAUUAAGGUGCGACGCGAGGAAAUAAAAUAAAUUCAACAAAUGUUUGGGUUUUUACUGAACAAACAAAUAAAUAAAAUGAACGAGUGACUUUAAAAAAAAAGAAUGUGGGUGUCUUUGUAAAAACUGUUUUGAUUGGCUAUUAUAACAGCAUGCUGCGUGCUUUUUGGUUUUGUAGCGCAGAGUACCUGGCUAACUGCAGGAAGCGGUUAGCUGCACAGCUAAUGUAGCCAUUGCUAGGCUGACGUGGCACCGAUUUUAAAACACGGCAAAACGACUUAACAGUUAUACACUUACUUGUUCGGUGUUUGUUGCUGAUGCGGCAGGGAUGCUUGGUACGGACCCAGGCUUCAGUGACAGUUGAUGUGCAAAACCUGCCCUGUACUGUCCCAAGUUGUGGAAACAUUCCUCAGGAAAAUGCUUCCGACAAACAUGCACCGUCUUAGGUAGACUCGACGGCGUAUUAUUGGAGUAAAUAAAAUUAAGCCACUGCGUCUUCAGGGGCUCUCCCGUCGGCAGUAAAAACAGAUUCCUUUCUGUGUUGUCACAUCCAUGUACAGCGCAACUUCCAUGUUUGGUGGCAACUUUUGAGCUGGGUGGGCAAUCCAUACAGUGGGUGGGAAUCCAGAGGGGGGGCGUGGGGAUCAUCUCCCUUGCUGACGUAGGCAAGGGAAGAGUUUAUUGACGCGCCAUUCUCAAAUGUUGGGCAUAGUUUGGUUUACACAUUAUGAAAUUUCUAGCCACUGGGGUGACUUAAGAAGGUCAGAGGAACUCAUUUUAACGUUAAAAAACCUCAAAGUGAAAAUUUCAUGCCAUGGGACCUUUAAAGGUUUCCUACGUGACCUACAGUUCAGUGGUGCAUUUCCCAAAAGCCUCGCAACACUAAGAGAAUCUUAACUCGGAGGGAGAGUGUUCGUUGUGCUGUUCACGCUUGCAUUUCUUUGUGCUACGAUGCUUUUGGGAAACUCGGCACAGUUCAGUUUAGUUACUGCCUGAUAGUGGUGCCAAUGGGAAUUAUAACUGCACUUGAGUAAACCUCAUAACUUGGAGUUUCUGCUACCUGACUGAGGGGGGAAAACCAUCACAUCAACUAGGAAUUCCUACUUGGAAAGUCUCACCUCACCCCCAAGUACAUCGUAUGGCAUCGUGUCAACAUGGCUGCUUGCAACAACAGCAGUAAAUAAAAUCUCACUUCACUGAUUUAAGUGUUUAUAGUUGUAUUUAGUGUAAAUCAACCAACAUGGACACAUUAGUUGGUGAAAUCUGUAACUCUGACCAUACUGUUGUUUGAAAGAGCAAAAUGUACCAUUUUAAACUCAUGAUUAGUAAUGUUAGCUGGCGAGCUCGUUCCAUUUUUUUUUUCCCCCUUCUAAAAUGGCAUAAUUCCAGGUUCCCACUUCUGACUUAAGAUAACUGCAGUGUUAGCCCUCACUUUGUCUCUGUCUAAAGGGAGCGAUGCAGGUGUCUCACCUCUUCAUCUGUAAAGCUGUCAUGCUCAUGCUGCCAUCAUCAGCCCCAGGGCAGGAAUUUCUCAUUUUGGCCUUGUGCCCUUGGAAAAAAAUAUCUGCCUUAAGGCCACAGUGGCCUUGAUGCCCUGCGGUUUUGUAGUCUGCCUCGUGACUGCCAAUAGGCUUGAACAUCACCUGCGUCUAUUGAGAAAAAAAUACGUAUUUUGACGACAUUCUGGAUUCUUAUUGGGCAACUCAUCAGUGGUGGAUCGGACUCGAGCCUGGCAUGAACCGCUCCGACGUGCUAUAAUGACACCAAUCUAACACCAGCCAUCAGGAGACUUAAUCAAACGCAUCCCCUGCCCACUUGGGUCCGCGUCUGAGACGUUGAAUUUUCACAGAAGGAGGGAAAAAGUUGACUGAGGUAAGACUGUGUGAUAAAUUAACGAACAAAUAAGAGAGGAAUUUCAACAUAUAGGGCUUAAGUUUGUUACUGUUAAAUAAGCAUUGCUUGUACGGUAACGUUAUGUCGUUACAACGUUGACCCACUUUUAACGUGCCGAGUACCGACUGUAGCCGGGAACAAAUGCUUACUGUCAAAAGUGCAAAGACCUUAAAUUGCUCUGUGUAAAUUAGAAAAUGGCGCAACUUCCUCUGUAGCCGUCAACGGACAAGCACAGACUUGCCUUGAGUUUUGAGCCAAUCACAACGGCAGCACUGUGGCCUGAGGUAAAACAUGAUAGUUUAAGUUUGUUUAAAUUACAAAAAUGAGUACACCCAAUGACUGUCUCAUAUACUCUUCAUAUACUCGUACUGUUUAAGUAAUGCAGUAAAACUAAUCUUUAAAAGUGGAAUUCACUCAAACUGUUUGCAUAGAAUGAACUUUGGGGUUAACAGUGUCAUAGUGUUGCAGUGUUCUGCAAAUUUCCCAUUUAAUAUUUCAGAUCUUGAGACAUGAAAGUGCUAUUUUAAAAAAUAAAAGGUCAGAAAUG